GGUACAACUUGUAAACGAGUUUAGACGGUUAGAGAAAAGUGUUACUUACUUUGUUAUAAGCUAAGUGCUUUAUAUUUACAUACUCUUUGCCUCUUAUAUUUUUCUAAUUUUUGGUGUUAUCGAUGGGUCAGUUGUCGUGCUAUAUAAUAUACCUAUUUCUGUAUUUGUAGGAUUGUAGACCGUAGAAUCUACUAGUUAGGUAGUUAGUCUGUGUGUAGACCUACCUAAUAGAACCUGGAACCUAUUGCUAAAAGAUAUAUUGUUUGAGACCUUGAGACAUUCUUAUAUUUAUAAACAUAAAUUUUAAGAAUGUUUGAAGGAAGAUAUGAUAUAUAUUUUAAUGGAAAACCACCAAAAGAAUUUAUUUAUGAAGAUGAUCAGUGUGUCGUGUUCGAAGGAGGAUUAAACUCUCAAGCACGAGUACAUUUCGUGGUUAUGCCUAAAAAAGUAAUAUCUAGGUUAUCCCAAGCUUCAACGGAAGAUGAAAAAUUACUGGGUCGUCUUAUAUUAGUAGCAAAAAAUAUAGCAAUUCAAAGAGGCUUGGACGAAAGUGGAUACCAUAUUCUGAUCGAUGAAGAACCGCGUACUAAGUUGUUAGCAUUACAUAUUUCUGGUGGCGUUCUAAAGCCUUCGCUCUGGCCAAUAACACCAAACUGCAGACUAUGAUUUAUCUAGAUGUUUUACAUUACUAUCUACAUAUGUAAGUGGGUGAUAUCAUAAUACCUAGUCCUGAAUUUUAUAAAAAAAGGAAAAUUAUUCCAUAAAUGGAAUCAUAAUUAAUGGUCUUUUGGUUUCGGGACCGCCCGGUUACCCACCUGUGCUAUUAUGACCUUGUAUGUAGUGGCGAAAUUUACCUUCGUAUUCUAAUAAUUCGUAUGCAUAGACUUAAUAUAUAAGUGUGCCCUCUAGUGAGAUUAAAAUAAGUCUAGCCUAGCACUUAGGAAUGUAGAUGGAUGCACAUAAAACGUAUCAUCUUGUUCAUAAAAUAAUGUUCUAAGUUGCAUGCCCAUGUUAACAGAAAUGUAGCUCACGCGUGAACAUUUCCGUGCCAUAAUUUAUCACAAUUUUCGUCGCGGCUUAUCUCAAGAUAAAUUUCUUAGCGAACUUGUUUCGAUUUAUGAUGUUGAAGCACCGAGUCAAACGACAAUAUACGGCUGGUAUGCCGAGUUCCGACGCGGUCGUGUGUCGCUUAGCACUGUUUCUUCUGCAGGUCGACCAAGAACAGCGGUCACGCCUGAAAACAUCGCAGCUGUGCGCUAUUACAUUAGAUGACCGUCAUGUGACAUACGAGCAGAUUCGGGAUGUUAUCAGUUUCGGAAUGACUGCAAUUCAGUCGAUAUUACAUAAUGAGCUGUGUGUAAGAAAGCUAGUUUCCCGCUGGGUUCCCCACAAUUUGUCCGAAGACCAAAAGGCGGUUCGCGUAGAUUGGUGCCGGAAUACGCUGCAACGCUUCAACAGAGGGAAGUCAAAUGUCGUUUAUAAUAUCGUCUCAGGUGACGAAUCAUGGAUUUAUUCAUACGAACCUGAAAGAAUACAUCAGUCAGCAGUUCGGGUCUUCGAGGACGAGGUCAAACCAACGAAAGUGGUUCGCUCCCGCAGCGUGUCAAAGAAAAUGGUCGCUACGUUUGUCUCGAAAAAGGGGCAUGUUGCUACAAUUCCUUUACAGGAACGCAGAACGGUUACCGCUGUGUCACGGUUUGUUUGCCAGAAAUGAAAGCCGAACUCCGAAAAAAUAACACGAAACGUCGCAUCAUCUUACAUCACGAUAAUGCGAGCUCCCAUACGGCUCGGAAGACAAAUGAUUUUUUUGAAGCAGGAAAACGUUGAGCUGAUGAGCCAUCCUCCGUACAGUCCUGACCUGAGCCCAAACGAUUUCUUUACAUUCUCUAGAAUUAAAGAUUUAUUACGCGGUCAAUGGUUUGAAGACCGAGAAGCAGCUGUGGAAGCGUACAAAUCAGCCAUUUAGUCAACAUCAACUUCAGACUGGAGUUACUGUUUUAAUGAUUGGUUUGCACGAAUGGAAAGUGCAUUAAGUUGAACGGAGAAUACUUCGAAAAACAACAAAAUACAAUUUAGCUAUACCG